AGAGAGGGUCCAUCUGCCUGACUGUGCUCCCCCUCAGCAGAGUUUCUCCUCUCACUCCUCCUCAGUACAGACUUCCACUGUGACCAUGUCUGUCAGAGCUUUGAAGACCACCACCUACUCCACUGUGUCAUCCUCCCGAGGUCCAUCUCAGGGCUUCAGCAGCCGCUCCUUCUCCGGCUAUGGAGGUGCCAGACAGAGCUAUCCUGUGCGCAGCUCCUAUGGGGGAGUGGGCAGCUGUGGCGCUGCUGUGGGUGCUGGGGGGUUCAAAGUGGUUGGUGGGUACGCUGGAGGCUCUGCACAAAGAGGAGGUGCAGUGGAGUUUGGCUAUGUGGGCUUCGGUGGAGGGAUGGGAGGUGGCAUGGCCAACGAAGUGGCCCCCAUCACAGCAGUGACUGUCAACAAGAGUCUGCUGGCACCUCUGAACCUGGAGAUUGACCCCACCAUCCAGGUGAUCCGCACCCAGGAGAAGGAGCAGAUCAAGACCUUGAACAACCGCUUUGCUUCGUUCAUUGAUAAGGUUCGCUUCCUAGAGCAGCAGAACAAAAUGCUUGAGACCAAGUGGAAACUUCUGCAGGAACAGACCACGUGUCGCUCCAACGUCGAUGCCAUGUUCGAAGCAUACAUCGCCAACCUGCGCAGACAGCUCGACAACCUGGGUCACGAAAAAGUCAAACUGGAGUCCGACCUGCAUCACAUGACAGGAAUGGUUGAGGACUUUAAAACCAAGUAUGAAGAUGAGAUCAACAAGCGCAAUGAAUGUGAGAACAACUUUGUCCUCUUAAAGAAGGACACAGAUGCAGCCUACAUGAUCAAAGUGGAGCUGGAGGCCAAACUGGACGGGCUCUCUGAUGAGAUUGACUUCUUGAGGCAGAUCUAUGAUACAGAAAUCUGUGAGCUCCAGAGCCAGAUCAAGGACACAUCUGUUGUGGUGGAGAUGGACAACAGCCGUAGCCUUGAUAUGGACGCCAUUGUCGCUGAAGUGCGCGCCCAGUAUGAAGAUAUCGCAAACCGCAGCAGAGCAGAAGCUGAGUCAUGGUACCAGACUAAGUAUGCAGAGAUGCAGCAGUCUGCCGGCCGAUUUGGUGACGACCUGAAGUUAUCUAAGGCUGAGAUUUCUGACAUGAACCGCAGAAUAAUGAGGCUCCAGUCUGAAAUUGACAUGGUUAAAGCACAGCGAAACAAUUUGGAAGCUCAAAUUGCCGAGGCUGAGGAGCGUGGUGAGCUGGCAGUGAAGGACGCUAAACUCCGUGUGAGAGAGCUGGAAGAAGCUCUCCAGAGAGCCAAGCAGGACAUGGCUCUGCAAGUCCGCCAGUACCAGGAACUGAUGAAUGUAAAACUGGCUCUGGACAUUGAGAUCGCCACCUACAGGAAACUGCUGGAGGGAGAAGAGGACCGGUUGGCAACUGGAAUCAAGACCACUAUAUCCAAGCAGACAUCUAUGAACUACAGUGCCUACGGCCUCGAGAGCUGCCGCCCCCAGUCCUACAUCACCGGCUCCUUUGGUGGAGUCAAAGCCAGCAGUGGUUCUAUCACUGCCUUUGAGGGACCAGCAGUGAAGAGCAGCACAGUCACCAAGACAGAAACCGUGGUGAUCAAGACGGAGCAGAAGAAGACAGUGCAGGAGCAGGAGCAGCAGCAGGUGGCAGCAAUCGAGGAGCCAGCAGCUGUGGAGAAGAAGGAGGAGGAGGAGCCAGCAGCUGUGGAGAAGAAGGAGCAGGAGCAGGAGCAGGUGGAGGUUGAAGCUGUGGCUGAUAUCUGAUCUGGCAUGUUAGGGAAAAAACACACCAUUCACCAAAUAUUGGUUGUGUAAAAGAAGUAAACACAACUUUCUGUAAGGUAUUCUCCAUGAUAAGGUGCUAACAGUGUUUUAAUGUAGGUUUCUUUAUUCUGGUUCCUGAACAAAUUAGUUUGGAAUAAACUGGUGCAGCAAUUAUUGCACCACACAUGUUUAGCCAGUAGGUGGCAGUACAGUGUGUGUUUUUAAUUCUGCUGUUCCAUGUUGCUCCUUUGGUCAAUAAAGCACUGUGAGAACCCA